AUGGUCACCGUCCUGAGCUGGCUGUCUCUGGGUUUCCAGUUCAGCGAUUCCUCCUUGUGGGCAGUUUCAGAAGGGACAGGCCCUUGCCAUUUCCCCUUCAAGUACAAGGCCACUCUCCACUAUUCCUGCACCCAAGAAAGCAGCUUUUCUCACUGGUGCGCCACAGAGCCACAGUACAGCUCCAAAAACUGGCGGAAAUGUAACCAAGAAGAUUUUCCCAGGUGCAUCUUCCCCUUCACCUACGGCGGCAGACGCUACACCGCCUGCACCACCAACGGGUCCUUCGGCGACAAGCCGUGGUGCGCGGUGACCAGCCGUUUUGAAGAAGUCAAGCAAUGGAAGUACUGCGUCCUCAAGCCCUACGGCGGGAACUCCAAAGGCAGGCCCUGCGUCUUCCCAUCCAUCUACAAGGGGAGGACGGUCCAGGCCUGCAUCGAGGAAGAGAGGGCCCAGCUCUGGUGUCCGACCACCGCCAACUUUGACCAGGACCGGCAGUGGAGUUUCUGUCCAGACCAAGCUGUCCUACAGGAAUUCCCACCGAAAGCGUGCCGCUUCCCCUUCAUAUACAAGGGCAAGGUCUAUUAUUCCUGCACCGCCAAGGGCUCCAAGAUGAACCUCAAGUGGUGUGCCACCACUCACACCUACGAGACGGACGGGGCCUGGAUUUACUGCAGCCCUUAGGGUGAGCGUGGGGAUCCUCGGGUGCACAGAGGCCUGCCUCGGCAGGGAGGGGAGGGUAAGGAGGAAAUCGAUGCACUGGAGGUUUCCUUGAGGCCUAAGCUCAUCCUCUACCCUGUAGCCAUUGUGGGCAGGGGAUGUGUCUGCUUAUCAUUUUACUGUACUCUCACACACACUUAGUACAGUGCUCUGCACACAGCAAGUGCUCAAUAAAUACGACUGAAUCGAA